GUAGAUAUUGGUUUCAGUGUCCCCUAGUAGGAUUGUAACCAACUAACUACUCCGAAACUUUCUCUACAUAACCCUAAACUGUUACAAUAUACUGCAUAAUUGCGUUGCUGAUUGAAUGUAAAUAAUAAAAUAAUCAUGGAUUUGUUGUUCGUGGAUAUCAAUAUAUUUGAAUCAGACGACGACGAUGAUGAUGAUGAUGAUGAUUACAACUUUGUUGUCAGAAGACCCUAUACAAUAAGAAAUAAGCCGAAUAAUAUUCAAGUGUGGGAUGACACGGAAUUUUUUAACCGGUUUCGCUUGAAAAAGGAGACAGUGAUACAUUUAUUGCAUAGAGUAGAAGACCGAUUGUUAAUUAUUCGGAACAAAUCAAGAUCGUUGACACCGAUCAAUCAAUUGUUGUUAGCAUUGAGAUUUUAUGCUACGGGCAAUUUUUUGCGUGCCUGUGGUGAUUUCAGUGGAGUAAGCAUUAGCACAGCUUCGCGUAUCAUUGCAAAAGUAUCUUUGGCUAUUGCUUCAUUAUCAGCUACAAUGAUCAAUUUUCCUGAAACAAAUAAGGAAAUUCGAACAACCCAACGAGCAUUUUAUGAAAUGUACAGAUUUCCAAGGGUAAUAGGAUGUAUUGAUGGAACACAUAUUAGAAUACAAUCUCCUGGAGGUGAACAUGCAGAGGAGUUUAGAAAUCGAAAAGGAUUUUUUUCUCUUAAUACUCAGGUUGUUUGCGAUCAUAAUAUGAAAAUUAUAGACAUUGUGGCAAGAUGGCCAGGUUCUGUCCACGAUGCGACAAUAUUUCAACAUAGUCGACUGCGUCAAAGAUUAGAGGCAGGCGAAUUUCAUUCGGGAAUAUUGCUUGGCGAUAGUGGAUAUCCCAUCAAGAAAUAUCUUCUCACGCCGGUCUUGCAUCCUACCAUUGUAGCUGAAGAACGAUACAACAAUGCUCACAUACGAACAAGGAACAUUGUUGAACGCGUUUUUGGGGUUUGGAAGCGUCGAUUCCCAGUUUUGAGUUUAGGCAUGCGAGUCAAAAUGGAAACUGUACAGGACAUAAUCGUGGCUACAGCAGUUCUACACAACAUUGCCAGGAAUCAAAAUGAAGAAGAACCUCCUGCAUUUGUGGAUAUUCCGGACGAAGAAAUUGGCGAUGACAAUGUGAAUGAAGAAGCAGUUCCAGUGCAAGAUAAUAAUAUCAGACAAGCGCUCAUCAAUGAUUAUUUCUCGAGAUUACACAACUGAGACUCGAUAAUGGGUUCUCCUGCUGAUGCAACGGAAUUCGCAACAAAUAUCCAUUAAUAAUUACUAAAAAUAAAUAAGACCAAUUGUACAUAUGAAAUAAUAAUCAUGUAUCUCAUACAUAAAAUGUACACUACGAAGUGUACCUAUGUUGUAUAAAUUAUCAAUGAAAUAUACUUACUCAUCAUCAACGAAA